CGAAGUUUUACUAUAUAAAGUAAUAUGAAGCUAGUAAAGCCAAAUUGGGUUACACACGAUGGCUACUCGAUAUUUUCUGUGGAUAUACACCCAGAUGGGAAGAGAUUUGCCACUGGUGGUCAAGGUGGUGAUUCUGGAAGGGUUGUCAUAUGGAAUAUGGAACCGGUAGUUAAUGAAAUUGCAGAAUUGGAUGAAAAUAUCCCAAAAAUGUUGUGUCAAUUAGAUAAUCAUCUUGCAUGUGUCAAUUGUGUCAGAUGGAGUAAUAAUGGAUUAUUAGCAUCAGGUGGUGUAGAUAAACUCAUUAUGAUUUGGAGAUUAUCUGGUGGGUCUGGUGGUAGUUCCAUUUUUGGUGGAAAGUCCAGUGUUGAAACAUGGCGUUGCAUAGCUACUUUACGUUCACACGAGGCUGAUGUACUUGAUCUUGCUUGGGCACCGCAUAGUCCAUGGUUAGCUUCUGCAUCAGUAGACAAUAGUGUAAUUGUGUGGGAUGCCUCAAAAUUUCCAGCUAUUGUUGCUGUAUUAAAAGGUCAUACAGGGUUUGUGAAAGGAAUUACAUGGGACCCUGUGGGAAAAUACUUAGCUUCUCAAUCUGACGACAAAACGUUACGUGUAUGGCGUACUACAGAUUGGACAGAAGCAACAGUGAUAUCAGAACCAUUUGAUGAAUGUGGUGGAACUACUCAUGUUUUAAGACUUUCUUGGAGUCCAGAUGGUCAAUAUUUAGUAUCAGCUCAUGCCAUGAAUGGUGGGGGUCCGACCGCGCAAAUAAUUGAAAGGGAUGGCUGGACCCAAGACAAAGAUUUUGUUGGACAUAGAAAAGCUGUUACAUGUGUGAGGUUUAAUGGAAAUAUAUUACAAAAGAAACAACCUGGUUCUUCUAAACCACAACAGUAUUGCUGUGUUGCUAUAGGAUCUCGCGACCGUUCUCUCUCUGUAUGGUUAACAUCAUUAAAAAGGCCUUUGGUAGUGAUACAUGAAUUGUUUACACAUUCUGUGUUAGAUGCCAGUUGGUCACCAUGUGGUUUACGACUGGCAGCUUGUUCAUGGGAUGGGUCUGUUGUACUGAUUGAGUUUACACAACAAGAAUUAGGCCAACCACUAGACCCGGCUGAACAAAGCAGUCUACAUGAACGUUUGUACGGUAAACCCUUAGUUCAGGGCGGUUGCACAGUAAUGGAAGCUCCAGAACUUCUGAACUUAAAAACAACAGCACCACCAACUCAAACAACUCAAACAUCAACAAGUACAAAUUCAAUGCAACCACCUCCUACUACACCCACAACUCCUGCUAAAGGUCCCAUUAAUAAACAAAUUGAAACAAGAACAUCGGACGGCAAAAGGCGGAUAACACCAAUGUUUAUACCGCCACCAUCGGAUACAAUGGACUCGUCAAGCGCUAGAUUGGGAACACCAACUUUUACAAGUCAAGUGAAGAGUUCAAUUGUUAUAGAAAAGCGAAACGAUGUUGUAGCGCCUAAUGUCACAACUGCAGUGAACUCGACGAAUACGAACAGUCCAAUAUCUACGAUCGUAUUGAAACGACGCGAACACGCUACACCAAAACUACAUCACGCUUCGCUUACGAAGAAACUAAAAAUUACAUCUGAAAGGAAUACAAAUCAAAUUUUGCUACCUCCAUUAAAACCAUCCAGUUCAUUAUCCCAACAAGCUGGCCACUACGCAGUGACCGUGACCAACAGCCAAGGUUUAGCUCAUUUACAAGUGUUCAAGGGUACGGACUCUGAACCAACUUGGGACCUGUAUUUAGGGUAUAGCGCUGUAGCCCUAGCAGCGUCACCGGCGGUUAUAGCGAUUGGUUUGGAAGAUGGAAGCCUUCACACGUUUCAUCCCGCCAAGGGAUGCCGACCAGCACCUCCUUUAGCACCACCUGCCCCACUUGCAAAAGUCCAUGCUGUUGGAAAUGCGGUAAUGGUCAUUUCAACUUGCGGAGCUGUACGCGUAUGGGAAAUAGGAUACUCCUGUAGAAUGAUAGUUUCUACUUCUGCUGCGCAUCUAGCAGCACCAGGAACCUCUUUAUUGUCUUGCACUUUGUACAAUGGAAUGCCUCAUUUGGCUUUUACCAAUGCGAGAGCAUAUAUAUAUCAUAAGGAAAUGGGUACAUGGUUAUUAAUUGGAGACAGUCAAGACCCCAUAUGGCGCUGGGCGUCAUUCAGUGCAUCGAGCACAUCUGGAAGUAGAGCUCCUAGAGGACCACUUUCUUCUUUGCAAGAAGGACUACUCAGAACGGCUGGAAAUACAUUGCCCAAUCCGAGAUUACCACAUAGCGCUCCCAGUGUAGUAUCUUACUUGGAACAACAGAUGCUUGCUUCUAAAGCUCUGGGAAGUGCCCAGGAAUAUGUACAUUGGCUCGUAGCUUUAGUAUCGUUUUUAUUGACACAAGAUGGACUAGAAAAACGUUUGAGAUUAAUCUUGGAUGAUCUUUUGGGCCCAAGUCACACGUCAGCUUCUAAAAGUAUAUGGGAUCCUCUGAUAUUGGGAAUUAAAAAACAUAAACUUUUGGAAGAUGUAUUGGCUGUUGUUGGUGGACACCUCCGUUGGCAAAGAUUGUAUCUUGAAUAUACAGAACAGUUAACUGCAAUUAAAAAUCAAACUAUUUAA